AACAACCUCAAUCAGUCGGCUUUACUCAUCUGUCAAAUAUUCAGAUUAGUUUAAAAACAAUUAUGACAAAAUGUCUCUAAAAAAAUCUACGAGUACACAUACUGAUUCAGUUUCUACAAUAAGAAUAAUAUCAACAUGUUUAGCAGCUAUAAUUUUGAGAUACUAUUUGAUGCUUUCCAAGUAUCAGUCAGUCAUAGCAAACCAUGUAGAAGUAUCAACGCCCUUAAAUUCAUGGAAGAGGGUAUCAGAAGGAUUGUAUUUAUUAUCCCUUAAUAUUAAUCCAUAUAAUGGAGAUGUUUUGCACGAGACACCGUUGUCAUUAUAUUUGUACAAGACUAGUUUACAACUGUUUCAAGGGAAAGUACAUUUAAUUUUUAUAACUUUGGAAAUAACAACGUCCGUUGUUUUGUAUUAUACCAUAAAAAGAUUUGCUGCAGUAAUAUAUGAAGAAGAAGAAAGGAAUAAAAAUACUUUCUCGAAAGAUGCGGAAGAUAAUUUAUUAAAAUCUGAAAAAAUAUUUAGAACUCCUUACUAUGUUCUUUUGGCCUACUUGUUUAAUCCUUAUACUUUAUUGAACUCUGUUGGUUUCUCAACUACAGUUUUUUAUAACUUUUACCUCUCAGUUGUACUAUUUUCAAUGGUUUAUGGAUUACCAGUAGUAUGUGGGGUGUUUCUGGCUAUGGCAGCAUCAGUGUCAUUCUAUCCAUUAGUUUUAUUGUUACCAGCUAGUUUUUACUACAAACAGAUCUUUAGAAGUACACUGAAAACUGUAACAUGUGUAAUUAGUUUUAUUGUGGCCUCAUUAUGGAUUGUGUUAGUGUGCAGUGACAAUGGUAAUGACUUUAGUUAUAUAAGAAACGUUUAUGGUUGUAUAUUGAAUGUUCCAGACUUACAACCAAAUAUUGGACUGUUUUGGUACUUCUUUACUGAAAUGUUUGAACAUUUUAGAGAACUGUUUAUAUACGCUUUCCAGAUCAACACAACAAUUUUAUAUUUAGUACCAGUUUCUCUUAAAUUUAGAAAACAACCAUUUCUGUUAGCCAUUGCAAUCAAUUUUAUAAUAACCAUUUUUAAAUCUUAUCCCAGUGUUGGGGAUGUAGGAUUUGUGUUAAGCAUAAUGCCAGCUUUUCCACAUCUCUUUCAGUUUAGCCAACAAGGAUUUUUAGUUGGAACAAUGCUGAUCAUUUCGUCAUGUUUAGGACCUAUAGUGUACUAUUUGUGGAUUUAUUGUAAUUCGGCAAAUGCUAAUUUUUAUUUUGGAGUCACAUUAGCUUUUGCAGUAGCUCAGAUAUUCUUGUUAACAGACAUUUUGUUUGCACAAGUGCAAAGACAAUACAUGUUAAAAUUUGGAAAAGAAAGAAAAGUUGAUGGAGAAGAAGGGACUCUUUGUUUAGAAUAGUUUCACAAUAAAAUUGUGUUUGUAAUAA